AUGGCGGUGAGCCGGGCGCUCGGGCUCCGUCUGGCCUACGCGGCAGCAGGCGCCCUCAUGGGCCUCUCGGCCUUCCUCACCUGGAGCCUGGCGCCGGCCUUCCGCCAGCCCGCCACGGCUGCCGCGGGGGGGCUCUCCGGUGUUCUGGCGCUCUGGGCCCUAAUCACGCAUGUGAUGUAUGUGCAGGAUUACUGGAGGACCUGGUUAAAAGGGCUGAGGUUCUUCCUCUUCAUCGGGAUCCUCUUCUCUGCUCUCUCCGUGGUGGGAUUUUGCACAUUCCUUGUUCUGGCCAUCACCAAGCACCAGUCCCUGACUGACCCCAGCAGCUACUACCUGUCGUGUGUCUGGAGUUUCAUCUCCCUGAAAUGGGCCUUCCUGCUCGGCUUAUACUCACACCGGUACAGGAAUGAGUUUGCAGACAUCAGCAUCCUCAGUGACUUCUGAAGCUUGGACUUAAUUCUGUCGGAAGCUGCUAAUGUUUGACUGGGCUUUUGGAUGCCCUGCACUGGAAGGAGACUGCGAAGAGGCAGAGAGCAGGAGCCAGCCCAGCUCCGCAGGACUUGUCUGUCUGCAGUAGGGGUUUUCCCUAAUUGCUUUUAUUCAACCACUUAAUUUGGCUAAUUAUGUCAAUCUAGUGUUUUUGUUACCCUCCGGGGAGUCCAUGUGUCUGGCAGUGAGUCAAGAAGUUCCAUGCACUCACAUGCAGCAGGCCUCAAUGUGCUAUCUGCAUUGCUCUG